AUGAACCUUAAACCAUUACACGUUGGAAUAAUCGGUGGUGGUGCAAGCGGCUUAGUUACAUUAAAAGAAUUAUUAGCCGAAGGACAUGACGGUAUAGUAUUUGAAAAAUCCGAUGUUAUUGGUGGUCUGUUUCAAACUGUGUAUCAACAAGGUUACAUGGUCAGUUCAAAUGUGGUGACAAUGUUCAGUGAUUUUGUUGGUCUUGAACAGGAUAAAAAUGAUCUAUUAGAAAAACCUCGAAUGUGGAGUUUUAUUGAAUAUUCAAAAUAUUUAAAUGAUUAUGCUGAACAUUUUAGGUUAAGGCCGUAUAUUAAAUUUCAAACUUGCGUCCAAUCUGUAUGGAAAAAUGUAACGACUAAUAAAUGGAAUAUAAAAGUAAAGUCAGUUGUAGAUGAAAAAGAAGCGAUCUAUACAUUUGAUCGUAUAGCAGUAUGUUCCGGUACACAUCAAAAACGAAAUAUGCCAAGUUUUAAAGGACAACAUUUAUAUAAAGGAACAAUAAAACAUUUACAAGAUAUUAGAAAAUAUGAAGAUUUUACCGAUAAAAGACUGUGUAUUGUUGGGAGUGGUGAAGGUGGAUCUGAUAUAACAUUAGCAGCAGCAAAAUAUGGUAAAAAAACGUAUUUAUCAAUUCGAAAAGACCAUGGUUUUAUAUUGCCUCGAUAUCCAAAUGGCCCAUUUUACCCAUCUGACCUUGGUACAACUCGUGCAAUACAUUCAAUACCACGUGCACACGGUUUAUUACAUACAUAUCUUUAUAUAUUUUUUAAUCUUAUUGCAUCUUAUAUAAAAGGUAUACGUACAGUAGAAGAUAAGGUACAACGAGCAAGUUUAUACAUGAAUUUAAAACAAAUAAAAACAAGUAAUUGGAUGAAUACAUAUGGUACAAAAAAUACGAGUUUUGUCGAAGCAAUGGUAGAAUAUAAAUGUGAACGAAAACCGGCAAUAAAAGAAUUAACUGAACAUAAAGUUACUUUUGAUGACGGAACAGAAGAAGAAAUUGAUGAAAUUGUGUGUUGUACCGGUUUUAUAAGUGAAUUUUCAUUUCUAGAAAUAGGUGAUAAACAAGCAGAUCCAAUGCAUGCUGAAUUAGUACGUAAAGUGGCAUAUGACGCACGUAUACCACAUGAUCUAUACAAACAUUGUGUACACCCUCAUUUCGGCGAUGAAUUAUUUUUCAUUGGUUUUGUUCGUCCUGCUUUUGGUGCUAUACCACCACUAGCUGAAAUGCAAGCCAGAUGGUAUGCAUUAUUAUGUUCAAAUAAAUUAGCAUUACCAGAUAAGGAAACAAUGAUUGAAGAAAGCAAAACUUAUGUUAAAUAUAUUGAAUGGCAAUUAACGCCUUAUAGAACAAAUCGAAUUGUUAAUUUAACAGAUUUUGUCAUCUAUUCAGAUGAUUUAGCUCGUACAAUUGGAUGUAGACCACAUUUAGUGAAAAUGUUUUUUAGUGAUCCAUCACUCUGGCUAAAAUGUAUGUGUGGCCCAAUUAUGAAUGCACAAUACCGUUUAGUUGGUCCUCAUAGUAAAUCUGAUCAAGCACGACAAAUAAUUAAACAAGUCAGAUGGUUAAAACAUCUGAAUUUAGUGAGCUUAUUUUUGUUAUAUGUUCAUGCAUUUAUUUGGUUUUGUGGAUUAAAAUCACACCAACCAAGUACAUGGUAUCCUAUCUCUGCUCCAUAA